UUUCACCGAGCUCGAGAGAAAAGCGCAGACGAGCAGACAUCAUUUCUCUUUCAGCGUCUCUUUGGACUAAACCACUCGAAGGCAAAGUGCCAAGAAAUUAAAUAUUUUCUGAAAGGGAAUAUAAUUUGUACAUUAAUUUACCGAUAUCAACCAUGGCGGACACAGCUGUUGACAAAACCGCAACUGCAGAGGUUACAGCCAAGGAGCUGAAAGAGAAGAAAGAGGUGAAAGAGGUGAAAGAGGUGAAAGAGGUGAAAGAGGUGGAAGUGGUGGAGGAGGAGAAGAAGAAAGACAACGGAGACGCACCUGCCAAUGGCACAAAUGGUGCUGAUCACAGUGACAAAGUGGAGAAGAAUGGAGAAGAGAAACACAAGAAUGGAGAUGAGAAAGCAGAGGAGGCGCCCCCUGCUGAGGAGACUGAUGCACAGCCAGUGAAGCGUGCAGCUGAAGAGGAGGAGGAGAAGGUUGAGACAAAAAAGCAGAAGAAAGAGGAAAAUGGAGACUCAAAAGAGGCAGAAGUAAAGGCUUAGGUCAAGUCUCUGCCUUACUACUCUUCUGCAGCACUGUUCAACCAGCCUGGUCAACAUUUUGUUAUAGAGCUUGUGCUUUCUGUUCCUUUUGAGAAGUCUUUCUUUUGUUUGCUCCCAUGUUAUCACAUUGCACUGGAGUCCUGAAACAUAGUGGCCCCGCAUCCUUUUUUAUGAAAUGUUAUUUAUUGGUCUUUAAAAUGAGCUUUUUUUUACUUGUACAAAAAGGGCCACACCAUGAGAUCGGUUAGUUUUCAUUUCUUGAGGUUUUAUAUCAGUAUGUUUGAAGCACAAUCUCUAUUGUCAGUGCUGACCAGAUGAUUCAUUCAUACAGGCAGCUGCUCACUCCCUCAAAGGCUCAUGUUGACCUCUCAGAUUCACUUAAAGGACCAAAGAUAAGUUUUAAGCAGGGGCUAAUAGACAGUUGUUAGCAUUAUUAGUUGAGGCAAAAAUAUUUGUGUUGAGCUGCUACUUAAUCCUUGGCUUGGCUGCCCUGUGUUGCUAUAACAGAAGGUGCAAAUGAAUAAAGGGGCUCUCUCUUGCACCUCCACGAUGAGAUAACUUGAUUUUGCUAUGUUAAUUAACCCCUCUUAAAUCUUAAAGCUUUGGUCAUUGUUCUGUAUGCAUUCCACGCAAGUUUGUACCAUUUAUACUUUGUUUUUCUUAUGUUUUCAAUGAGUUUUAUGUUAUGGCUGGGUAGCCUAGUUUUGUGUCCAAGACUGCCUUUUUCAGAAACAGAAUGGCAUUGGGUUACUUCAGCCACUGCUUUGUAUAUUCUGAUUAACAAAUAAAAAGUUGUCUUUUUA